GUAUUCUAUAAUUCAGAAGAAACAGAACAAAUUCUCGUACAAAAACUAAAUUUUUCAGAUAUUUUUCUUUUUCCGGAAAAAUCGUUAAAAAUUUAAAAAAAAAUAAAAUUCUUUCGUGAAGUCUUUCGGACAUAUCUUUCGUGUAAAAGCAGCCUUCCUUGAAACUAAUUCGCAAUAAUGUCCAUAAUGAAGAAGGUGAAACAAUUGCCACUGCGGAGCAUGGCCGCCUUCUACGCGAAGAGCGGGCUGCGGGCGGUGGUGCGCCACACCUGCAGCGAUGUCAAGGCCAACACGAAGGGCGUCGUUUUGGGGCUGUACCUGAAGGAGGAUGCCAGCAAGGACCCGAAACUGACGCCCACCGGCCAGAAGGUGGAUGGGCGCGUGAACGGCAAGCUGGCGGAGCUGAUCUGCGAGACGAAGCUGGACGGACGCCUGGGCCGGGGCAAGGUCUUCAACGGCGUCGAUCCCGAGUUCAGUUCGGUGGCUGUGGUGGGCCUGGGCGUCGAGGGUAUUGCCUUCAACGAGCUGGAGAUGCUGGACGAGGGCAUGGAGAAUGUGCGCAUUGCGGCGGGCAUUGGGGCGCGCUCCCUGCACGGCGAGAGCGUGGGCAACAUCUCAGUGGACGGCAUGGACUAUGCGGAGCAGGCGGCCGAGGGCGCUGCCCUGGCCGUUUGGCGCUUCCCGGACAAUCUGGCCGCCAAGAAUAUGCCACUGAUACCGACGCUCAGUCUGUACGACUCGGCGGACACCGACGGCUGGACGCGCGGCAUCUUCAAGGCGGAUGCCCAGAAUCUGGCCCGACGCCUCAGCGAUGCCCCAGCGAACUGCAUGACGCCGACCCUGUUCGCCCAGGCCACUGUGGACGCCCUGUGCCCCUGCGGCAUCACCGUCGAGGUGCGCACCAUGGACUGGAUCGAGAUGAACCGGCUGAAUGCCUUUCUGAUGAUCGCCAAGGGCAGCUGUGAGCCACCGGUGAUGCUGGAGAUUAGCUACUGCGGCGCUGCGCCCGAGGAGAAGCCAAUCCUGUUCGUGGGCAAGGGCCUCACCUUCAACUCGGGAGCCAUCAAUCUGCGUAAGUGCAGGGGCAUGGACGAGUACCGCGGCUGCAUGUCCGGAGCGGCCGCCUGCGUGGGCAUGAUGCGCGCCUGUGCCGCCCUCUCGCUGCCCAUCAAUGUGACGUGCGUGAUCCCGCUGUGCGAGAAUAUGCCCUCGGGCAUGUCCUGCAAGCCCGGCGACGUUGUCCGCCUGCUCAACGGCAAGUCGAUGGCCAUCCGUGACCUGGACAGGGCCGGCGUCGUGGUGAUGUCCGACGCCCUGCUCUACGGACAGAGCACCUACAAUCCGCGUCUCGUCGCGGACGUGGCCACCCUCGAACAGGGCGUGAAGAAGGCCUUUGGCGGCGGCGCCACCGGUGUCUUCUCCAACUCCCACUACAUCUGGAAGCAGUUCCAGCGUGCCGGCUCCCUCACCGGCGAUCGCAUGUGGCGCCUGCCCCUGUGGCAGUACUAUCGGCGGCAGGUCACCGACGAACUGGGCUACGAUCUGAGCAACAAUGGGCGUGGCAUCGCCUGCUCCUGCCUCUCGGCGGCGAUACUACACGAACUGGUGCCCUGCGCCGACUGGGUGCACCUGGACACACGGGGCACGGGACUGCUCAGCCAAUACGGACUGAUACCGUACCUGACGGCCAAGCGGAUGACGGGCCGUCCCACACGCACAAUGGUCCAGUUUUUGUAUCAAAUGGCGUGCCCGGACCUCAAGUGAGGCGACGCGUCGCUCGAUCGUCGUAGGGGAAUGUUCGGAUGUUUGGUUUUCUAUAAGUUUUCGGAGUAAAUUGCAUUUUUUGGACUAGA